AUGCAACUGUCACUAUUCCUCGCCGUCCUGCCGCUGGCGCUGGCCGCCCCGGCCAGUAUCCGAGCGACGGGCAAGGCCAAGCGCUCCUCGCCCGCCCCGCUCCUGAUGCCACGGGACACCGCCUCCGCCAUCCCGGACAAGUACAUUGUCAAGUUCAAGCAGGACAGCGCGCUGUCGCUCCUCGACGAGGCCCUGGGCCAGAUCACGGGCGACGCGGACCGCAUCUACCGCGACGUCUUCAAGGGCUUCACUUCGACCCUAAACGAGACGAUGCUCAGCUCGCUGCGCGACCUUCCCGAGGUCGACUAUGUUGAGAUGGAUGGCAUCUCGUCCAUCUCUGGCUUCGUUGAGCAACGCGGCGCGGCCUGGGGCCUGGGCCGCAUCGCCCAUAGAGAGGCAGGCAAGAACUCGUAUGUCUUUGACCAGAGCGCCGGUGCCGGCACCUGUGCCUAUGUCAUUGACACGGGCAUCGACGACACCCUCCCUGAUUUCGGCGGCCGCGCGCAGCAAAUCAAGUCUUUCGUCCCCGGCCAGGAGACCGACGGCAACGGCCAUGGCACCCACGUCGCCGGCACCAUCGGCAGCAACACGUACGGCGUCGCCAAGGCGGCCAAGAUCUUCGGCGUCAAGGUCCUCGGCGACGACGGCAGGGGCCGCAACUCGGACAUCAUCGCGGGCAUGAACUUUGUCGCCCAGGACGCCCGCCGGCGGCGCGGCGACUGCCCCAGGGGCGUCGUCGUCAACCUCUCGCUCGGCGGCCAGCGCUCCCCCGCCGAGAACGAGGUCGCCGCCGCCCUCGUCCAGAGCGGCGUUUUCGUCGGCGUCGCCGCCGGCAAUGACAACCAGGACGCCGGUAACUACUCGCCCGCCUCGGAGCCCAGCGUCUGCACCGUCGGCGGCACUGCCUUCGACGACACCCGCUACGCGCAGUCCAACUGGGGCCAGGUAGUCGACAUCCUCGCCCCCGGUGAGCAGAUUACGUCCCUCCGCCCUGGCGGCGGCGAGGCGACCCUCUCGGGCACGUCCAUGGCCACGCCGCAUGUUGUCGGCCUGGCUGCGUACUUGGGCGCUCUCGAGGGUCUCACAGGUACCCAGGCGCUGUGCGAUCGCAUUCGCGAGCUCGCCGUGAGGGAUGCCAUUGUCGAUCAGCCUUAUGGCACUGUCAACCUUGUGGCGUUCAACGGCGCCACUCAGUAG